GUGUACUCUAGUGCCCACCGAUGUGACCCCUCUAUCCUUGUUUUAGACCCAUCACUACGAAAUCGAGACGUCACUCAACCACAGACGAGUUCAUACCACUGGAAAUGGGAAACUUCUUAAGGACGGAAUUAUUGAACCAUCUACAUUGCCACGACGAGCUCAUGUUUCGAUAACUACGAACGACAGCCAUAAACGCCGCAUGGUUAUAGAUUAUAGCCAGAUUAUCAACCAACAUACUCACCUGGACGCAUAACCAUUGCACAGAAUCGAUGCUCUUAUCGACCAAAUUUCACGCUACUCGGUGUGUAACACCUUGGACCUAAAAAGCGCAUAUCACCAAAUACCUCUCAAGGAAACGGAAAGAAAAUUCACCGCAUUUGUGGCAUGUUGUAACCUGUCGCAAUUCUGCUGCAUAUCUCUGGGCGUAACCUACGGCGUAGCCUGUUCCCAAAGAAUUAUAGAUAAAGUAAAACUGACGAAAAACUGAAAUGGGCUUUUGCUUAUAUGGAUAACAUAACAAUGUGCAUAACUACUGAGCAUGAACACAAUUGUAAUCUAGCGACAUUUUGCGAAAUCGCUUGGAAGUACAACGAAAACAAAGCAUUAUUCGCUCGAAUAGGACGCGACUGCUGGAUUACGAAGUUUCCCAUAAGCUUGUACAGUCGGACCCAGAUCAGCUUCAACCAUUGCGAUCCCUCCCUGUGCCCACUGACGUUACGUCGCAGCAACGUGUUGUGGGACUUUUUGCCUAUUACUCCUCUUGGAUCUAUCACUUCGCCAAAAUCCGUCCACUGGUCGACAACCGAUCUUCCCUCUCCCUUGUUCGGUUCUGGAGUCUUUCGAAACCCUCAAGAAUGAGAAUCUUCUGCCCUCCUUUCUGUUGACGAAUCAAUACCUUUUGUUAUAAAAACGGACGCCACUGACAUUGUCAUUGCGGCCAUGCUAACAAAACGGAUUACCAGUCGCUUUUUUCUCGCGAACGCUCUCACCCAGCGAACAACACCGUUCUGCUGUCGAAAAGGAGGCACGUGUCAUCGGGGAGUCGGUCCGAAAAUGGCGCCACUAUCUCAUCGAUGAUCGCUUCACGAUUAUUACAUAUCAGCAGUCCGUCUCGUUCAUGUUCAACCUCAACCAGCAAGGUACGCAAGCUUCUUUCCUCCGGUGCUUUCUACUUUGGUCGUACUACUGCGGACGGGUCACCUUACGACCUAACGACCAACAUCCAAAGUCGGUACUUAAGUGGAGGAUCCGUUACCAACACUGAUCUACGCUUGCGCAACGAUAUUGGGAUGGAAUUUCUGUGGAAUGGGGGCCUGAUGUAUCCGUUUUUCCAAUGGGGCGUCAAUCCCGAUAAGUGGGUUACACCGAUUAUCUGCGGGUUUUUUGAACUUUGCACUGUCUAUUGUGGAGCGGAACAGGCUCGCUUGGGCAUCAUCUCCCGUGUUUCAUCCAGAAGACCUGGAACACGCUUCCAUGUUCGCGGAGUAGACGAUCGUGGGUAUGUCGCCAACUUUGUGGAGACAGAACAGUUCAUAUUUCUGGGGACAUCUGUCACCAGUCAUGUUCAGAUUCGUGGCACCGUGCCUCUGUUUUGGGAGCAACCUGGGAUUCAAGUGGGUUCACACAAGAUCCAGUUCAGCCGUUCUUUGGAGCUAUGCGUUGGGGCUUUCGAGCGGCAUUUCAUGCACAUUAUCUCUCGUUACUCGGCCACCGCUAUCGUUAACUUGCUCGGACGCAAGGAGGGCGAGGCGUUGCUCAGCCGCGCAUACCAGGAUGUACACAAGCGAUCCGCUUUCAAAUUACGAAUCAAUUGUGUGGAUUGUCUGGACCGUACCAAUAGCGUCCAAACUUUAGUCGGGGUGCAACUUGCUCUUCCCAAGAUGUUGGCCACCUUGGACUCGUCUUUGGAAAGCCACAGAGUGCUUACGAAUCGUUUCGUCGAUGCCCUAUAUCUGAUGUGGCAGCAGAACGGCGACCAGUUGAGCCGAAUUUACGCUGGCACUGGCGCUCUGGGUUCCAGCCGCUCCAAGUUACGGGAUGUCCAACGAAGUGCAGCCAGAACCAUCCAGCACAGCUUCUUCGAUGCGACUAAACAUGAGGCGAUGUGCACUCUCCUUAUGCAUCCCAACCUCCAUGGCUGGAUGGGCUCCAUGAGUAGUCGAUAUCUCCCGGGACGACUUCUUUGCUUGCCUCCCGCUCUUUUGACAAAUAUCAUGCGGUGUUAUCAAGACUUUACCAUGCCACACAAGCUGCGCAUAUUUGUGGGCACGUGGAAUGUGAACGGAGGCAAACACUUUCGUAGCGUCGCACACAAACACGAAUUGGUGACCGAUUGGCUCCUCGAUAUGCAUAAAACUGUCAGGCUAGAUGAUAAUUGGGGCUAUCGAAACCCGUCAUACGAUGACAACCAGCUGAGUCGUCCGAUCGAUGUGUUCGCCAUCGGUUUCGAAGAGAUUGUGGAUCUUACCACGUCCAACAUCGUGGCAGGCUCCAAACCUUCAGCUAACCAGCGCGACUGGGGUCAAUAUCUUCAGCGGCAUCUAAAUCGCGAUGCUCACGAAAAAGACCCCUUUGUUCUCAUUAACUCAGUUCAGUUAGUCGGCGUGUGUCUUUUCGUGUUCGUCCGAGCUCGCUUGGCCACUUUUUUGAAGGGAAUCUCCACAACCUCAGUGAAGACCGGUCUUGGUGGAACAGCUGGCAAUAAGGGGGGUGUGGCAAUCCGUUUCCAACUCGGAGUGACGUCUGUUUGCUUUGUGUGCAGCCACUUUGCAGCCGGUCAGAGCUCAGUACGUGAGCGCAAUGACGAUUUCCACGAAACCUGCCGCCGGCUCAUAUUCCCAAACAGAUUAACUGUUCUAGAUCAUGACUACCUCUUUUGGUGCGGUGAUUUCAAUUAUCGCAUCAAUUUGCCCGCGUCAGAGGUGAAGCGUCUGGCCGCACAAUCUGCUUGGCUUGAUUUGCUUCGGUCCGAUCAACUCACACUGGAGCGUCAGGCUGGCAAUGUGUUUCCGGGAUUCCAAGAAGGCCCCGUUCGCUUCGCCCCGACUUACAAAUACGAUUUGUUUUGUGACGACUACGAUACCUCCGACAAAGCUCGUUCUCCCGCUUGGACAGACCGAGUUUUAUGGCGUUUUGUUCGUCCACAAUUUCCAAAGAUGAACGAAAACGGAGUCUUUGUACCCUCGUGCCAGAACGUUGGAGACCAGGAAUUUUGUCAGUUAGUUUUCUACAACAGAGCUGAAUUGAAAACGAGCGAUCACAAGCCCGUUGCGGCUAUUUUUGAUAUCGAUAUCCACAUGAUAUCGCCGGAUGCGCGGCGCAAAGUUGUGCUGGAUGCUAUGUUCAGCUACGGUCCAAUAGAUAGUUGUGCACAACUGCAGCUGUGUCUAUUCGAAGCCGCUUCUCAGAACCCUGUUGCUGCGAAUGAUAAACUCAUGGCCAUAUUCUUGCGGAACGAUUUUAUGGGGGAAUUGAAACGAAUCGGUUCUCUGAAGGAGGGCACUGUGUUGCUGAUUCGAUUCUCUGCUUCGAAUACUGCGCUUCUGACUUAUGCAAAUCCAAAACAGGCUAUGGUUACUUCGAAAUAUUUGGAUGGUUUCGUUAUGCCUUGGAAGAACUCUCUUGGACUGCAGCCGGUUGAUGGAGGCUACGAAGUUCACAUCAAUUCAUCCUGUGUUCGCGCUCCGGGAUCUGCAGAACCUCUUACGAACGGGUCAGAUACUGCUUGGUUUGACGACAUGCGGCUUCUGGUUGAGAUGGCCGAACGUGAAGAGACUGCAAUUCAAGGACCGGCUAUACCGAACGAGGUAUUUGAUGCUUUACCGCGUGGCGUUCCCAACUUAGUCAACCAAACUGAUGCUGCUAUAUCUUUGAACUCUGAUCCGCAAAAGUCUGAGAGUGCUGGGGAUCCAUCCGACAAGGAGCUCUCACGUACCGCACCAGCCCGUCCGAUACCCCCACGACCUGCUCCUCCUCCAAGGCGGCCACCUGCUCCAAAUAUCACCGAUCGUAUGGAUUCCGAUCUUGUCGGUGUCACCCAUCCUUUCGAAGGUUUCUCAACUCAAAACAUGCCGGAUUCUUUAUCAUCAGACAAUCUGAUUACUAUUCCCGGUUCAAACAGUGCUUCACCAGUGCCGUCUAGUGGGUCAAGCGGUUUACCUGUCACUGAAGCCAAUGAUAUUCAUGCGGUGAGCAGUUGUCUCGACCUACUGAGCAUUGAGGAGGACACCUCCACGUUUGCCGGUUGUUCGCUUCAACGGCCCCUGUCGUCAAGCAACUUAAUGAAAACGGUUUCUUCAGAGUCAUGCGUCGGUCGACCAGUUCAGCCUACGUUGAGUGGACAACCCCCACCUCUUCCUCCACGUCCGCUACCAGCACCAUCAUUCGUUGCAGAAUCCUUGGGCGACGAUCCCACUCAAUCAGACGUUGUGUAUUCACUGCUUUCGGAGGACCCAUUCAGUUUAGCGAGGAGCGAUCUUGUGACUCAGCGGCCUGCCCCAUUCACCAUCUCGGACCCUGACGCACCUUUAAUCGACUUCUUGCCCUCCAUUCCAGCUCGGGUAACUCCGGUGCCUCCAGCUCCACAAUCCCUGCCUCAGCGCCAAAAACCACCUGGUAACGACAAGCCAACCAUGCAUAGAACUUGGAAUACAUAAAAACAGUUAUCCCUUUAAAUUCCGAUGCGCCGUUGCUUCGAUUUACCCCGUCCUGGUUUCAAAGUAGCCCGGCAACCUCCACCAGAUUUUCUUCGGUCUUCGCAUUUUUCCUCUGUAUUCCUUGGUAACUUCUUCAGAACGAUUCAUUCCACUUUUAUUUAUUUUGCUGUAUUAUUUAUUGUCAUUUGUUUUUCAACAUUCGUCUGUUGUUGCCGUUCCAUGACUCCAGCAUGCGGAAAUCUAAUGGCGCUCUUUCAACAUUCCUCGCAUCUUCCGAUCUGUAUCCGUUCACCCAGGCUGCAAUGUGGUAUUUUUUCUCUACUUCCCUUUUGCUUUUAAUUCAUUUGAAUCUGUUAAAUACACUAGUACAUUAUUAUAAACAACCUAAAAAUGCACC